AUGAAUGGCAAGAAUACUGUUGUGUAUAUAAAAGUUCAUGGAAGAAACAGAGAUGGGUUUAUUGACCCACCAAAUUUUGAAUGGACCAAAGGUAGCGAAGAUUUAUUGUGGUUGGAAAUCUCACGUAUGCAAGAAAAAAAUAUCAUUAAUUGGGACAAUUUGGCCAAAAAAUUCAAUGUACCCAGAUAUUUUAUAGAAAACAGGGUAUACGCCCUUUUGUCAAGGCAAAUGCAUAUGUUAGAUAUUGUGAAUAGUAAUACCAAGAAUAAUACUAUUGUUAACAAAAGUAACGAAGAUGUCAACAGUGUCAAUGAUAAUAAUAAUAAUAAUAAUAAUAAUAAUAAUAAUAAUAAUAAUAAUAAUAAUAAUGUUGUAGAACAUUUACAGACUUCUAAAAUAUUAAGGUUAAACGUAGAUUCGUCUAACUCAACGACAGAUGUCAAUAAUACAAAUUUUUUGAAGAAUAAUAAUCAUGAUCAGAAAAACACUUUUGUUAAUGGUCAUGACAACAAAUAUGACGACGAUGACGACGACGAUGAUAAUUUAUCAAAUCUUAGUGUUAGUAAAUCAGCAUUAGAAGAAGCCUUGUUGGAUAAGUUACAGCUUUAA